UAGCAGCGCUCUUCGGGGUUUGAUUAUUUUGGUCUGGCAGUGGUAACUACGUCAUCAACAGCCGGCUUUGUUUAGGAAAUCAUUACACGUGCGGUGGUCCUAAAUGUACAACCAUUCAGCAUGGUUGUUUUAUCAAUUUAACAGUAAUAUUCCUGGCUGAAAUACAAUGUAUAUUUGUGUUAAACAACAUGGUUACGGUCUACGUUGCUGGUAGAGAUGUUGAGUUAAAAACAUAAAACCUACACGCUGACUUAUCUGUUAAACCUUCGCAAUGGCUGUCAUAUCGUGUCUGCUGAGAUUGUCUGCUCGUCUUCUUUCAAAGUCUGGGUUACGGUUUUGCGAGCGCCCAAUUUCCAAGCGGAUGACAUGGCUUUCCGUGCCAGUACAAUGCCGUUACACGUCGGAAGCUUCAAACUCAGUUGAUAAUCCCUGCGCUGGACUGGAGAGGUACAAGGACCUGCAACGGUAUUUUAAAAGGAGACUGAAGGCAGCAUACCGCAGGUUUUCAAACAUACCUGUCGACUCAGUGGUCUGCGGACAUAACCACGUGUAUUUCGUUGAAGGUGAUGGCAUCUACAGGAUGGACAACAGAAGAAGUAAGCCAGAGCAGGUGCUGAAUCUAGGACAUGUCUCUGUACAGGAGGAAAAGACGAGUCCGGGUAAUGAAAAGAGGAAGAAGUGGGUGGAGUGGACCGUCCAGAGAAUACGUCUGUCCCCACAGGAAAAGCAUCUUGCUGCCACACUUAAAGCAAAUGACAGAGAAUGGAUCAGGUGUGUAGUUGUGAGUCUUGGAAGGAGUAAUUCUUCUCCUUUGGAUCCCCCGCAUGUUUUGUUAACAUUGGACAAAGUCUUUACCUUUGAAUGGGCAACAGACCAGGUCCUAUUUUACACAAUUCUUGAGGGUCUACGCUGCAGCCGAGUGUUUCGUCUGGACCUGACCUCUAGUGGAAGCAGGAUAACAUCUGUGUAUGAAGAAACUCAUCCUGAUGUGUUUGUGGAGGUUGCCCUUUCCAGAGACCGUGAGGUUUUGAGCAUCAACUGCAACAGCAGGACCAGCUCAGAGGUGCUGCUAAUUGAUACAAAUACAACACAUUUAGAGCCGUUUUUGGUUCAGUCACGCCAGCUCAACCUCCUGUACCACGCGGAGCACUGGAGCAGGCGGCUGAUUAUACUGGCUAAUACAGGCCGUGGACAGGAAUACCAGGUGAUGCAGGCUCCUCUAUCUCAACCCUCCAUGGACUCCUGGGUGCCUUUGUUUGCCCCUGAACCGGGAACUGUUAUCAAAGACAUGGAUGUAGUGGGAGACCACUGUGUGUUAGCUGUAAGAACAUCAGCCGGUGAAUUUGUCCUGACUGCUGUCCCAUUAAACCAUCCCAAGGAAGCAUACACUGUAGAGCUCCCCUCUUGGGCCUGUGCCAUCACAACGAAGAAACCAAGCAUAGCAGACCCACGUGGUGUGUUAGAGUUCUUGAUUUCAUCACCAGUCUGCCCCCCUGUGCCCUACGGUCUACACGUGGAGGAUGGGUUACUGUUAUCUGGCACUGAGAAUGGGUCCUCCCCAGAGAACCAAGAUAAUUACACCACCACACGCUUAGAGGCCCGCAGCCAGGAUGGUACCUCAGUGCCAGUGACACUGAUGUAUUCAGCACAUGUGCAGGCUUCUAGAAAGGCUCCAUUACUGGUCCAUGUAUAUGGAGCUUAUGGCAGAGAUCUCAACAUGGAGUUCUGCCCAGAGAAACGCCUGCUGCUAGAGCAAGGAUGGGCUCUGGCCUUCUGCCAUGUCAGAGGUGGAGGAGAGCGGGGUCUUUCCUGGCACAGACAAGCUUGUGUCGAGGGUAAGCCGAGAGCAGUGGAGGACCUUGAAGCCUGUCUCCAUAACCUUUUCUCUUUAGGAGUGUCCUCUCCCUCACUCACUGCCCUCACAGCCUGCAGUGCUGGGGCUGUGCCAGUGGGAGCGCUGUGCAACAGACACCCACAAAUGAUGCGGGCUGUCACAUUGCAGGCUCCUUUCCUGGAUGUGUUGGGAACUAUGGAAGAUCCCAGCUUGCCUCUGACUCUGGAGGAUAGAGAAGAAUGGGGGGACCCAGUUGGAAACCCAAAGCACAGACUCACCAUCUCCUCCUACUGUCCCCUUCACAACAUUACUCCUCAGAGCUACCCAUCUGUUCUGCUGACGGCCUACAGUGCUGAUGCCAGGGUCCCUCUGGCGGGUGUUCUCAAAUACACCGAGCGGAUAAGAAAUGUCAUUAAAACACAUUUUUCCAAGGAGCCAAAGUCAGAAUUUGAACCAGUGCCAAAUGUAGGUCUGAAUAUUCAACAUGGGUCAAACCACGUCGGACCAGAAGACUUUGAACUAAUGCUGGAGGAGGAGGCACUCAAGCUUGCAUUUCUAUACACAGAGCUGAGACUGGAGCCACCUCGACUUCCAAGCAAGAGAAGGAGAUAGCAAGGUUAUAGGAGGAUUAC